CUCGUUGAGGACGGACAUUUUCAUUUGCUUUAAAGUGAAGUACUGGGUGAGGCCUGGCAUAAAUACACCUGCGCCGUCGACAUACGUAUGAAUAAUACUUUAUUGUGAACUUUUGACCCAUCUCUUAAAAUCAAGAGCUACCAUAAGGGACAUUUGACUCGGAAAUCCAUUCCCUGAUGACUCGACUUUGAUGCUGUCCAACAAUGUUUAAACUCCUCCAUCGUAUCCGUUUACUGCACAAGCCAACUUUUGGAGACAUUCUAAGUGGAUGUAUGCGGCCAGCAACUACUGCGUACAACUCACCAUGCAGUAAAACACCCCGGCACUACUCAACAGCAGCCGACAAUAGAUAUCCACCUCGAUGGGUCCAGCUGGAACCUGAGCUCGAUGAGGCGCUUGUGCCACGUAAACUGUCAGUAAGUCCUCUGGAGACCUGGCUCUCCCUGCGUUAUUCCCUUCCUCCCCUGCCGGAGUUGGCCCUGCCAAAACAGGAGCACUCAGACCUGCUAGAGGAGAAAGUGCUACCACCCAUGGGCAUUGCUGAUUUUGAGGAUGGAGAUAGCCCGGCGAUGCCCCUCAGUUGUAAAAAUGACCUGGAGAUUCGGCGGCGCAAGAUGAAUCGGCACAAAUACAAGAAGCUGCGGAAACGGACUAAAUUCUUGAGGAGGCGAGUGCAGGAGAGCAGGGGCAAAAAGAAGCAGAAACGUUUUGAGGACGACCUGCAAAGGAUCUGGAGGCGGGCCGGAUUGAAGAAGGCUCCAGAGGGAUGGGAAACACCCAAGAUCUUCAUUAAACAACACGGGAACAGGAAGAACUGAGUCAUUUUGUGGCCCAAUCUGUUCACACUGGAUGGGUUUUCUUCCCAUAUUCUUUGUUUUUGUUGUUUUAUCAAUGAUUUCUCAACAUUUGAGCACAUGUGCAGUCUCAUCUCAGUGCUGCACUUUUUUUUGUUGAACCGGCGCAGUUCCUCCACGAUACUGUAGAUGGCGGUGUUGGCAGUCUAGAAGUUAUUGCUAAAUAAAACAGUCUAUGGAAAAGAUUGUGUGAUUUAAUAAACGUUCAGAUAAUAAUCGCUCACAACAUAAACCUCAAAAGUGCGUUGAUUUAACUCAUUGGCUUCCAUUGACGGUGCUAGACAUUCCAUUUCGACUGGGAUUAUUGGCAGGGAACAGUUGCUUCAACUCAGCCCUCCCAGUAAAAAUGUAUUGGACGUCUAGCGCUGUCUGGCACUAAAACGACCAUUCACAGCCAGUCCCCCAGGUUUAAAUGAAUUGGUUGUCCAUCCUUGUCAACUGCGGGCUUUGAGUUAUAUAUAUAUAUAUAUAUAUAUAUAUAUAUAUAUAUAUAUAUAUAUAUAUGUAUAAGGGCUGUCAACAUUAUCGCGGUAACGGGCGGUAAUUAAUUUUUUAAAUUAAUCACGUUAAAAUAUUUGACGCAAUUAACGCACAUGCCCCGCUCAAACAUUAAAAUGACAGCACAGUGAAAUGUGUACUUGUGUAUUUCGGAGUUUUGUCGCCCUCUGCUGGCGCUUGGGUGAGACUGAUUUUAUAGGUUUCAGCACCCAUGAGCAUUGUGUAAGUAUUGGCAUCAACAAUGGAGUGCUACUAGUUUAUUUUUUGAUUGAAAAUUUUACAAAUUUUUUAAAAACGAAAACAUUAAGAGGGGUUUUAAUAUAAAAUAUAACUUGUACUAACAUUUAUCUUUUAAGAACUACACUUCUUUCUAUCCAUGGAUCGCUUUAACAGAAUGUUAAUAAUGGUAAUGCCAUCUUGUUGAUUUGUUAUAAUAAAGAAAUGCAGUACUUAUGUACCGUAUGUUGAAUGUAUAUAUCCAUCUUGUGUCUUAUCUUUCCAUUCCAACAAUAAUUUCCAGAAAAAAAUGGCAUAUAGAUGGUUUGAAUUGCGAUUAAUUACGAUUAAUUUUUAAGCUGUAAUGAACUCGCUUAAAAUUUUUAAUCGUUUGACACCUUAUAUGUGUGUGUAUAUAUAUAUAUAAUAUACAUACACACACAUUAAAAACGAGUGUUAUUGGGGCCCAUAACGUUCAUUUCAUUUGUGUUACUGUAUUUUUUUUGCCUAUUAUUUAAAAUGUAAAAAUAAUAGAUUAAAAUAGUGUUUAUUGUAUACAAAAUGUUUUACUGUAUCCACAUGACCUCUCGUGAUAUCCACGUACUGUAUGUGGACCUCAUGUCUUAAAGUGAUUGUGUAACGACCCGGAGGUUUGCUCCAGGACCUGAGACAAAGCAAGAGGAGGCUUGACAAAGCUUUUCAGUUCACACACCUGUUUAAUAAAACAAAAAUCAAAACAAGACGAGGGUGCAUCGAUCCCAGGUUGGGCAGGGCUCUGUGGUGUUCGUACCCCCCCUGGAAGGACAGCCGUGCUUUUGGCCCAACACAGCAAUCCAACACUGCAAGCAAAAAAACCCACAAAUCCACGCGAUCAGGCCUUCAGGUCUCUCAUAGAUUGAGUCUCAAGUUCCCGCUGGGGUCACCCUCAAAAAGUCUCUUAAAAGUUAAAAUUAAAAAAAAAAAAAAGUCACUUAAAAAGGUUAAAAUAAAAUUUUUAAAAAAAAAAUAAAUAAAUAAAUAAAAAGGUGUAUAUAUACAGUGCCUUGCAAAAGUAUUCGGCCCCCUUGAACCUUGCAAACUUUCGCCACAUUUCAGGCUUCAAACAAAGAUAUAAAAUUUUAAUUUUUUGUCAAGAAUCAACAACAAGUGGGACACAAUCGUGAAGUGGAACAAAAUUUAUUGGAUAAUUUAAACUUUUUUAACAAAAAACUGAAA